UUUUUUGUUUUAUUUAUCAACUAAUGAUGUAACGUCAUGUUUAUCUCGUACCAAAAUAUCCCCUAUAUAAUUAUCUCUUGUUUAUGAAAAUGUACAUGUUUGUUGCUAAGAGACUGCAAAAACUCCAUACAAACAAAACACACUCCAAAAAAGCUGGGGAUUGCAAUGGAAGCAAAGGCUUCAGCAGUUGAAAUUUUUGAAGUAAACUUCAAUGCAACAAGUAUUGUUAAAGCUUCAGGUCCCCUGCCAGAACCUCAUAUCCUCACUCUCUCAAACCUCGACUUACUUUCCGGCCGUUUCCCAGUAACAUACUUCUACUUCUACCGCAGCUCCCCAAACAUCGAAGCCCUCAAGAAUUCGCUCGCCAAAACCCUAAAUUUCUUCUACCCUUUCGCUGGAAGAAUCAUUCAGAACCAAAGCACCAAUGAGCCUGAGAUCAUUUGUGACAAUUCUGGCGCUUUAGUUUUAGAAGCCAGCGCAAAUAUUCCUUUGAAAAAUCUAGACUUCUACAACCUUGAUCAUUCUCUUCCUGGGAAGCUAGUUUCUGUAAAAUCAGAACUGGAUUUCCCUUUGCAAGUUCAAGUAACAAGCUACACUUGUGGGGGCUCUUCGAUGACGUUCACAUUCGACCAUGCACUUGGAGAUGCUAGUGCUUUUGCCCAGUUUCUUCUUUCUUGGUCUGAAAUAGCUCAACACAAGUUGAUAACUUGCACGCCAGAUCAUUCGAGACAUCUUCGCUCUCGUUUCCCUCCAACUUAUCACCCUUCUCUCGAUGAAACGUUUGUCAAGUGCAGCUUGGAAGAGAUUGUAAACAUCCCCACAAGGUGUAUCUUGCUCAAGCGUCUUUAUCAUAUUGAUGCCUCGAGCAUUAGAAGAUUGCACAAGCUUGCAUGUGUUAAUAAUAACAGUAAAAAGAUAACAAAAAUCGAGGCUUUCUCCGCCUAUGUCUGGAAGCUCAUGGCUGCCGCCAUUGAUGAGGGCCAUGAGAAGUGCAAGAUGGGUUGGUUAGUUGACGGACGCAGUAGACUUGGCGGGCGUCAAAACCAAAACACCAUGGCAAAUUACAUAGGCAAUGUCUUGUCUUUGGCUGUUGGAGAGGCGAGUGUUGAAGAACUGAAGCAGGGUUCUUUAUCAGAAAUUGCUAAUAAUGUUCAAGUGUCAAUAGCAAAAGCAACAAAUGAGGAUCAUUUCUUGGAUUUGAUUGAUUGGAUUGAGAGUCACAGGCCUGGAUUGAUGCUGUCAAGAAUUGUCUUAGGGAAAGAAGGUCCAUCGGUGGUUGUGUCAUCCGGGCGGAGGUUCCCAGUGGCAGAACUGGAUUUUGGGUUUGGGGAGCCGGUACUUGGAACGAUGAGUAGCACUGUAGAGAAGAUCGGAGUUAAUUACCUGAACCAGAGGCAAAGUGCCAAGUGUGAUGGCUCCUGGACUGUUUCUGCUAUAUUGUGGCCAGAACUUGUUGCUGCACUGGAGACUGAUUCAAUUUUUCAACCCAUGUGUGCUACUCACCUUCAACUUUAGAAAAAAUAGUAGAAUUAUCUAAUAAAAAUAAUGAAGAUUUUAAAAGCAGAAC